AUGAAUCAUAAUGAGGAUGAUGAUAAUACAAUCGAACAUUCUGAUGAAAUAGUUAGUGAUAUUAUUUCAUUAAUACAUUCAACAACACAUUCAAGUUAUGUUACAUGUUCACAAUUAUCUUCUAAACUCAUUUCUUAUUUAUCUCAAAUACACAUCAAUGAUAAUCAAUGGAAUGAUUUAGAAAAAGCUGUUGAACGUUUUGAUCAAAGUAUUGAUCAUCCAGAUCUUCGUCGUUUUCGACAAUUAAUAGAAACAAUAAGCAUAUGUUCAAAUGAUUGUGAAGAACGAAAUUAUACAUUAGGACGUGAUGCUAAUACACUUUUUGAAAGCAUUCGUCAAUUACGAGAAUUAUUACAAUCUCAUGUUAAUCUUCAUUGUACUUUACUUUCUAAAUUAAUUGAACAAAAUGAAAUACAACUUCGUUUAGUUGAUUUAAUGAAUUUAACUGGAAUGAAUGUCGGUAAUCAAACUCAUGGUAUUCUCUGUGACAUAGUUCAUCUUUUAUAUCAAAUAAAUCAAAAAUUUUCUGUGACAAAUGUAAUCGAUCAUCCAAUAGUAUCAAAUUGUAUUCGAAUUAUUCAAACAAGUGAUAAUACUAAAUCUACGGUGAUUUUUGCACUUCGUCUUCUAACAGAUUUACUUUUAACAAAUGAAUUAUUUCCGGUGCAUGUUUACAGUCAAUUAUCGAAUUGUGUUUUUUUAAAAAGUAUAUUUGAUUUAAUUGAAAAUAAUGGUGAAGAUGAUGAAUUAAUAUUAACAGCAAUUAAAUUUAUUUUAUCAUUUAAUUUACGUUUUGAUUAUCCCCAUGAAAAUCCUAUAAUGCUUACAUUAUUAGCUGUUAAUGAACAAUUAUCAUGUAGAGAAUUAAUUGAACGAUUAAUUUUAUUAUUUAAUCGAAGUGUUGAUCCAAUUGAAUGUAAAACAACUAAUUCAAUAAUAAAAUUUUUUUCUGAUUUAUUCGGUGAUCAAGCAGCAACAAGUGACGCACUUUUAUAUGAUUCAGAUCGACGUUUAAUUGUUGAAAUCAUAAGUAGAGAAUUAUCAGAUCGUUCAAUAACUGAUGAAGCAACAACGGCUUAUUUAUCCUUAUUAGAAUUAAUUCUUCGUAGUCAAUCAAUAACAUCUGAAACAUGUACGCGUAUUGAUGAUCUUCAAACAGUUUUUCGAGCACAUUUAUAUGCUGAAAAUUGUUUAAAACAAAAUCGUUUUAUUAUAAAUGAAAUACUUCGGCAACACUGUUGGCUAUCAACAAAUGACAUGCCAUUUUAUCUUUAA